AUGCAGAAGCUGCAUCUGCUGUGUUGGGCGGUUCUUCUGGGCCUGGGGCAGGCCUGUCCGGAGCCCUGUGACUGUGGGGAAAAGUAUGGCUUCCAGAUUGCUGACUGUGCCUACCGAGACCUGGAAGCUGUGCCCACUGGCUUCCCCGCCAAUGUGACCACGUUGAGCCUGUCUGCCAACCGUCUUCAGAGCUUACCAGGGGGUGCCUUCGAGGAGGUGCCUCUGCUGCAGUCACUAUGGCUGGCGCACAAUGAGAUUCGCACGGUGGCGGCCGGGGCCCUGUCCUCUCUGGGCCAGCUCAAGAGCCUGGACCUCAGUCACAACCUCAUCUCUGACUUUGCCUGGAGCGACUUGCACAACCUCAGUGCCCUGCAAUUGCUCAAGAUGGACAACAAUGAGCUGGCCUUUAUUCCCAGAGAUGCCUUCCGCAGCCUGAGCGCUCUGCGCUCCCUGCAGCUUAACCACAACUGCCUCCACACGCUGGCCGAGGGCACCUUCACCCCACUCACUGCGCUGUCCCACCUGCAGAUCAACGAUAACCCCUUUGACUGCACCUGUGGCCUCGUGUGGCUCAAGACGUGGGCCCUGGCCACUGCAGUGUCCAUCCCGGAGCAGAACAACAUUGCCUGCACUUCCCCGCACGUCCUCAAGGGGACCCCACUGAGCCGACUGCCACCACUGCCGUGCUCGGCACCCUCGGUGCAGCUCACCUACCAGCCCAGCCAGGACGGGGCAGAGCUGCGGCCAGGCUUUGUGCUGGCGCUCCACUGUGAUGUGGAUGGACAGCCAGCACCCCAACUGCACUGGCACAUCCAGACACCUGGGGGCACCGUGGAGAUCGCCAGCCCCAAUGUGGGCGCAGACGGGCGGGCACCUGCUGGAACUCCGGCAGCCAGUGGCAAGCCCCGCUUCCAGGCCUUCGCCAACGGCAGCCUGCUCAUCCCAGACUUUGGUAAGCUGGAGGAGGGCACCUACAGCUGCCUGGCCACCAACGAGCUGGGCAGUGCUGAGAGCUCAGUAAAUGUGGCGCUGGCCACUCCAGGUGAGGGUGGUGAGGAUGCGCUGGGUCACAGGUUUCACAGCAAAGGGGCCGAAGGCAAGGGCUGCUACACCAUUGACAAUGAGGUGCAGCCCUCGGGCCCCGAGGACAAUGUGGUCAUCAUCUACCUCAGCCGGGCCGGGAGUCCAGAGGCAGCAGUCGUGGCAAGGGUGGGCCCUGGACAGCAGGUGACCAGCCUGCUCCUUCUGGCCCAAAGCCUCCUCCUCCUUGUCCUUGCCUCCAUCUAG